GCCGAAAAAUUGAUGUAGUCAAAACCACACCCCUUCAUUUUAGAGUGGUACCACCCAAACCAAAAUGGCGACGGGUUUGUUAGACGUGGAAGAUGAAUCCAUACUUGCGGCAAUUUUUAAAGACUUGCUGCCGGAUUCCUGGCGGGGACAGCCCGAUGUUGCUCUCUAUCUGGCGGAGCUUAGUUCCUACGGCAUCGACAAGCUCGGCAGGGAGCCGGACAGGCUUGCAGAGGAACGGGCUCACAUAUUAGAACAAACGCAAGAUCUGGCCUUCCACAACUACAAAACAUUCAUCAAGACAGCAGAAUGUUCCCAAGACAUCUUCGAGGACUUCAGCCUGGUGGAGGAACGUCUUGAGAAUCUCCUGGAGAAGCUGCCUGUGUUUGGUGAGAAGUGUCAGGGUUUCCUGAAGCACGCCCAGGACAUCAACACCAGGAGACGCAUGAACUCCCUCACCCUGGCACACCACACACAGCUACUGGAGAUUCUAGAGAUGCCACAGCUGAUGGACACAUGUGUGCGGAAUGGUUACUAUGAGGAGGCCCUGGAGCUGGCUGCUCACGUCAGCAGACUGGAGAAGAAACACUCUAACAUCCCUGUCAUCAUGGACAUAGUACGAGAAGUUUCCACCUCCACUGCACUGAUGCUGAGUCAGCUGAUACAACAGCUGAGGACUAACAUCCAGCUGCCGGCCUGUCUCAAGAUCAUCGGGUACCUCCGCCGCAUGGGAGCCUUCUCCGAGGUGGAACUUAGGAUCAAGUUCCUGCAGGCUAGAGACACGUGGUUCAAGGGCAUUCUCCAGGCCAUCCCCAGGGACGACCCCUACCACCACAUCACCAAGGUGAUCGAGGCCAGCCGUGUGCACCUGUUUGACAUCAUGACCCAGUACAGGGCCAUCUUCUCUGAUGAGGACCCCGUCAUGUCCACCAUACAGGACAACUCGCCCAGCGAAGGGGCCCUCUGUUAGAGUUCCCCCCAUUGGCUGCCUACUGCAAUGGUCUUCUGUCAGGGUUCAACGAACUGCGUCUUUGCGCUCCAAUCGGAGUGGUGCCUGAACUGACGACAGUCCUGCAAACCUCCCUGUGUAAGGCAACAGACGUCAUCCUGGCCUUCCACAGGGCAGAAGAGUCAGCAAUGUCGCCCAGUGAGCGCGAGCUGUUUGGCCGCCUGUGCUCCAGUUUUGCCGACAGCCUGGUGCCCUUCGCCAACACCUGCCUGCAGGUGAUGUAUCCAGCUGCAGCUGUAGCGCAGGUGCUAGGAGUGUCCACUGCUGAUGUCACAAAGUUGUCAGUGUGUGCUGUGGAUGUGGAGACUGUGACCCAGCCCCUACAGGACCUGUUACCAGUCAGGACAGUGGACACCACAGGUCUUACCAGCCUUCUCAUCACGGACAUACCAGAGAUGUCAGAAAGCACCAAGGCAGCUAAUCUAGCAGGCAUUGGACAGGACAGGCAAGCAUCAGUGGCAGGGGAGACUGUAACAUCUACUGGAGGUGUAAUAGAGCCUGCAACUCCAGCUACAGCACCCCUAGAUACAGCAACUACCACGGAUACAACAUCUUCAGAUACAGCAACCUCAGAUACAGGAAUGAUGAAAACAACAUCCCUAGAUACACCAGCUGCUGCAGCCUCUGAUACAACACACGAUACAGCACCAUCAAAUGCAACACCAUCAGAUGCAACACCAUCAGAUGCAACACCAUCAGAUACAACACCAUCAGAUACAACACCAUCAAAUACAACACCAUCAGAUACAACCUCCAGAUCCUCAGAUUCAGCACCAGAGGCAACACCAGAGGCAACAGCAUCUGUUACAGCACCUCCAGUUGAGUCCAUCCCACCACCUGACACCAGUGACCAGGACAGGCCUGCAAAUCAAACCAAUGUUGCCAUGGCAACCAUCAGUGAUACUCAGCAGCCAUUGGACAGUAGUACAAGCAGUUUACCACCUACAGACCUGCCUCAACAAUCAGUUGCAGAAUUUGGUGAGGAGGAAAUGGGAGAAGACAUACCAAGGCAGUGAGAUCAUUGGUCCACGUAUGAGAAGGACCAACAGUUUAGGGUUAUUUAUUAGAGGAAAAUCUUUGUAACAUCUUUAUAAACUUGAACUUUUAGCUGAGUCCUCCUGUUGUCUUCAAGAGACUUUCAGUAUUUGUCAUUUGACAGGUGCACAAUCAACACACUUGAUGAUAACAGCCUGCACACAUAAGGUGUGAAAGUAAUUAUUAUGGAUAAAGGUACAUGUAUAUUAGGCACAUAUUAUGACUACAUAUACUUGGGUAUGGCAGAAAUAUUUGCUUUUGCUUGCUGCCUUUUUUUGUGCAAUGUAGAGCUGGAUUUCAGAAGUGUUCAUAUACAAUGAUCUUUGGGAGUACUGAAGCUGCAUUUAGUAGAUGUCUUAACUCUUUUUUUUGGGGGGGGGGUGUUCGUAGGGUAUGUGGGUAGUGCAAGUAAGGAAAAUUACCAUAACUUGAAAUAUUCAAGUCAAUUUGAAACUUGUUAAGUACAUUUUGACUAGGAGACAAAAUGUGUACAGUAUGAUGUUUUAUUUUGAUCAAUUCACUGUUACAGUAAAAUAAAUACUGUUGCAACAAAGAAGAUAUAACGUUACAACUGAAAAAGUUAAGACUGGUACAUUUUCGUUUGAAUGCAAAGUGUUUACAUAUAGAAAGAGAAAAAUAGAAUGGAUAUUCACAGAAUUCUGUCAGAAAUAGGUAGUAAUUAUUUUACAAAUGGUACUUUCUUCCCAACAAAAAGAUGA